AUGGACGCAAACGAUAAUGAGAACGGGAAAGACCCAAGAUGCACACAAGUUACGGUGAUGAAAGUGGCGAAUAUCGCGGUAGGAUUCUUUAUGAGCAACCUACCAUUUCUACGCAACAACUUCAGUGCCGAUGCCAACAUGGCGCUCGGCUACGUAGCCGAAUUCGGGAUGAUCUGCCACAUGUUCGUCACGGGCCUUCAAAUCGACCCCGAAAUAUUCAGUCACUUACCCGUUCGCGAAACAAAGGUAGCAUGCACAGGGUUACUCCUCACUUUCCUACUAGGAGUUUUCAUAACACCAUUUUUACAUCUUAGUUACAAGCCGAGCCUCGAAUUCGACGUCUUCAUCUCUCUCGUUCUCUGUGGGACCGCCUCCCCACUCCUCACUCGCAUCAUCAACGACCUCAAAAUAGGCAAAUCUGACAUCGGCCGUUUUUUAAUCUCAACCGCGGUCAUAUCUGACCUCAUUUCCAUCCUUUUAUUUACCACAGGGUAUAUUAUUUUCAACCCCGUGGAGGGGUUCAUGGUCCGAAAAGUCGGAGAGAUACUUCUCAUGCUAGGAGUUCUAGUUUUACAAAUCAUUUUAUCUGCUAAAUUUAUACCAUUGCUUAUGAGAUGGGUUGAUAGUCACAACCCACCCGGGAAGUUGAUGAAGGGGUCGCAUUUGAUCGUGUCAUUAGCGAGUCUUGUAUUCGUGGGUAGUCUUUCGCCGUUGAUCGCGCAUUUUAACAUGAUGUUAAGUGGGUUUUUGGCUGGGAUUGUGAUGCCUAGGGAUGGAAGGUUGUCCAAGUUGUUGGCUGGGAAAGUGAAGUAUUUUUUUGGGCUUUUGUUCUUCCCAGCUUUCAUGUUUUGGGUUGGUUUUGAAGUUGAUUUUAGUGGGUUUGAUGGAGGGAAUAUACUCACUUGGGCUAGUAUAUUGUUCUUGUUUUUGACCAUACUUGUUGGGAAGGUUGUAGGGUGUCUCCUUUCAGGGGCUAUGUUGGGCUUUCAUUGGCAGGACUCAGUGGCUUCAGGAUUGCUUCUAAGUAUCAAGGGCCAUUUUCAUAUUUUCAUGGCUAUCUUGGCUAAGCAAACAAGCAUUCUAGAACUUCAAUCACAAAACAAAGAGCUUUCAAUGACGAACAUAUCCAUCGGAUAUACCUUGGUGAAAGUGGGUCCCGUUGGAAAUCCGUCGGUUACUUUGUCAAGAAAGAUGUCAUUGAGAAAUAUAAUUAGUCCCUCAGACAGUGUAGUUAUGGUACUAGUGAGUUUCCUCACCUUCAUCUAUGCCCCAAUGGUCGUUAAAAACAUCAUUGAUCGCGCAAGAAAGCGAUCCCCAACACAACAAAUGGCACUCCAAUGGCUCAACCCAUCAACCGAGCUGCGAAUGAUACUAUGCCUCCAUGGUCCCGAAAACAUUCAAUCCUCCAUUAACCUCAUGGAGAUUUCCCAAGGUCCAGCAGGACCAAGAAUGAUGGUUUAUGUAAAUGAUAUGAUAGAAUUGACCGAAGCGAUUGCAUCUACACUAGCGCGUGGCGAAGGAGUGGACGCAAUGGCUAUAACGGAUGAAGGUAUUUUGGAGAUGAGAGAAACCAUCACGAACAAAGUAAAUAGUUACGUAGAGGACCAAUGUGAAGGGAUUGAUGUGAAAAGAUUGCUUACGCUUUGUCCUCUCGCGACUAUGCAUCACGAUAUUUGCGCGAUCGCAGAAGAAAUGUUGGCGUCGAUGAUCAUCCUACCGUUCCACAAGAAUCAGCAAGCAAAUGGGACGUUCAACACCAACUAUCUAGAGUUUCGAAGUGUCAACCGGAAGGUUCUACGGCACGCACCAUGUUCGGUUGGUGUAUUUGUGGACCGUGGUCUCGGAUCCAUCCAGUUAUCAAGAUCAACCAAAUGUAUGAAUGCAGCAAUCAUAUUCAUAGCUGGAAAAGAUGAUCGCGAAGCACUAUCUUACGCGAGUCGAGUGGCACGACACCCUGGAGUGAAGCUCACAGUCAUAAGAUUCUUGUUGGACACAAAUGGAAACAAUGUGCCAUCAAGGAUAACAAGGGCAAGAGCCAACACAGCCGAAUACGAGGAAGAAUUGAAACAAGACGACGAGUUUUUUGCUGAUUUUUACGACAAACAUGUAGCCUCGGGACAUGUUGCGUAUAUGGAGAAGUACCUUUCGAACUCAGGUGAGACAUAUUCGACGAUAAAGUCGUUAGAAGGGGAAUACAAUUUGUUCAUUGUGGGGCGAGGAGGACGGGUUAACUCGACCUUAACCGCGGGUAUGAAUGAUUGGGAGGCAUGUCCUGAGUUGGGUCCAAUAGGGGACAUUCUUUCAGCAACUGAUUUUUCAGUAACAGCUUCUGUGCUAAUUAUACAACAACAUAAACUUAGAGGGAAACUCCAGGGUCUACAUGAAGAGUUCUCCAUCAUGUAA